AUCCUCGUCCUAAGCAAGGUCCCACUAGCCAACCCCUGGCCGCCACGGGCUUUCCUGCCCGGUACUCGUCAUCAUGUCCUUUAUUCCUGUGGCGGAGGACUCCGACUUUCCCAUCCAAAACCUGCCCUAUGGCGUUUUCUCCACUCAAAGCCACCCAAAACCACGGAUUGGUGUGGCUAUCGGUGACCAGAUCUUGGACCUCAGUGUCAUUAAACACCUCUUCACUGGGCCUGUUCUCUCCAAACACCAGCAUGUCUUCGAUGAGACAACUCUCAACAGCUUUAUGGGCCUGGGCCAAACUGCCUGGAAGGAGGCAAGAGCAUCCUUACAGAACUUGCUGUCUGCCAGCCAAGCCAGGCUCAGAGAUGACAAGGAGCUUCGGCAGCGUGCAUUCAUCUCCCAAGCUUCUGCCAAGAUGCACCUUCCUGCUACCAUAGGAGACUACACGGACUUCUACUCCUCUCGGCUGCAUGCCACUAAUGUUGGCAUUAUGUUCAGGGGCAAGGAGAAUGCGCUGAUGCCCAAUUGGCUCCACUUACCUGUGGGAUACCAUGGCCGGGCUUCCUCCAUUGUGGUAUCUGGCACCCCAAUCCGAAGACCCAUGGGACAGAUGAGACCUGAUAACUCAAAGCCUCCUGUGUAUGGGGCCUGCAAGCUCCUGGACAUGGAGUUGGAAAUGGCUUUCUUUGUCGGCCCUGGGAACAGAUUUGGAGAGCCAAUCCCCAUAUCCAAAGCCCACGAGCACAUUUUCGGGAUGGUCCUCAUGAACGACUGGAGUGCACGAGACAUCCAGCAGUGGGAAUACGUUCCCCUUGGGCCAUUUCUGGGGAAGAGCUUUGGAACCACCAUCUCCCCAUGGGUGGUACCUAUGGAUGCCCUCAUGCCCUUUGUGGUGUCCAACCCAGAGCAGGACCCCAAGCCCUUGCCAUAUCUCUGCCACAAGCAGCCGUACACAUUUGAUAUCAACCUGUCUGUUGCCUUGAAAGGAGAAGGAAUGAGCCAGGCGGCUACCAUCUGCAGGUCCAACUUUAAGCAUAUGUACUGGACCAUGCUGCAGCAACUCACACACCACUCUGUUAAUGGAUGCAAUCUGAAACCUGGAGACCUCUUGGCUUCUGGAACCAUCAGUGGAUCAGAACCUGGAAGCUUUGGCUCUAUGCUGGAACUGUCCUGGAGGGGAACAAAGGCCAUCGAUCUGGGUCAGGGGCAGACCAGGACCUUCUUGCAGGAUGGCGAUGAAGUCAUCAUAACAGGUCACUGCCAGGGGAAUGGCUUCCGAGUUGGUUUUGGCCAGUGUGCAGGGAAAGUGCUGCCUGCCCUUUCACCAGCCUAAGGCUUCAGAAACCACAAGCCACAGCCUUGCCUGCCCCGGACCAUGCUACGGUUGCCCU